CGUAACUCUUCAAUGGGCGUGUUGUUGCAUUAGAAUAUGCAUGCAGUAAGUUACUCGAAUAUAUGUGGUUGUUUCACAACCACAUUUUAUAUAACACACAAGUUAAGUAGCAUAGAUUGUUGACGCGUGUGUAGUUAGAGCCAACAUUCUCCGAAACGAAGGUUGGGAGAAACACGAAUGAGGAAUAGGACAGUGUAAUUGUUUGUAGCUAAUAAUGCUAAUAGUGGAAGUUUAGCGCUAGCGAGCUAAAUGCUCGGAUCCAGGAAGGCGAAUAAUGUUGGUCGCUCAUGGCUGCGUCCGGGCAGUAAGCAUAUGUUUGUUGCCCGUUAACUAUUGUUUCAUGUGUUCAAAAACCGGGACGUCGUAACGACCGUAAUAGUUACUUAGCGUGCUAGUUAGCCACUCUCUUUGGAAGAAUGAGAAGAAAACAGCAGCAUUUCAAAGGAGCAGAAGUCAGCUGCUGCGUCAAAUACUUCCUUUUCGGAUUCAAUAUUAUAUUCUGGUUACUGGGAGCGGCAUUCCUUGCUAUAGGCCUGUGGGCAUGGGCGGAGAAGGGUGUGCUGUCCAAUCUGUCAUCCAUCACAGAUCUUGGAGGUUUUGACCCUGUUUGGCUCUUCAUCGUCGUCGGAGCGGUUAUGUUCAUCCUUGGCUUUGCUGGCUGCAUCGGCGCACUCAGAGAGAACACGUUCCUACUUAAAUUCUUCUCUGUGUUCCUGGGUUUGAUCUUCUUCAUGGAGCUCACUGCGGGAAUCCUAGCCUUUGUCUUUAAGGAUUGGAUCAAAGACCAGCUCAACUUCUUCAUCAACAACAAUGUCAAGGCUUACCGCGAUGACAUUGACUUGCAGAACCUUAUUGACUUUGCCCAGGAAUAUUGGUCGUGUUGUGGCGCUCUCGGGCCUGAUGACUGGGACUUGAACAUGUACUUCAACUGCACUGACCAGAACCCCAGUAGGGAGCGAUGUGGCGUUCCCUUCUCCUGCUGUGUCAAAGACCCUGCGGAGGACGUCAUCAACACGCAGUGUGGUUAUGAUGUUCGACGUAAAGGGGAGGAGCUGGAUCGACAGAAAUACAUCUACACCAAAGGCUGCGUAGGACAGUUUGAAAAGUGGCUGCAGGACAACCUGAUUAUUGUCGCUGGUAUCUUUGUUGGUAUCGCACUUUUACAGAUUUUUGGCAUCUGCCUUGCUCAAAACCUGGUCAGUGACAUCAAAGCAGUCAUGGCUAACUGGUGACCUUGAAGGUGGAGACACCUCUCCUGUCUUGUGCAGCUGAAGAGGGACAGCGGCAAUGUGUCCUCUGAGCUGAGUUGCACAUCCACAUACACAAACCGAAUUUAGCUCUGAAGAAAUAGCUCACAGCAAAAACAUUUGCGAGCCAAGCCAUUAUUUUUCCGACUAACUGGGAUUUUGACGCAGAUCCUGGAUGAAGAUGUCUCAUACUGCAGUACCCCCCCAUCCCCACCCCCUCCCCAUCUCGCACAAGUGCGUUUAUGGCAAGUUGUUGCACAAAGAAUCUUGUCAGCUGAGAGAUUAGAAGCCUUGGAAGGAGACAAAAACUAAAAGACAAAAAUGACCCCUUCUCUUAGGUCAAGCGUUACAUUGUCAAUUCUCGCCACUCAGCAAGGGGCCUUGCACCAAACACAUGGAUCGCUCUGUUUGUCAUCUUCAUUGGCUGGUCACAUCUGACACUUCAAAUCUUUUCAGGAGUUUUAAGCCUGAGUUAAAGUGGAAAAAGUGCCAUUAAUAUCCAGUGAUUGUCAUGUCUGCAACAAGCCCACAGUACCUCAGGGCCUGGUUGGAACUGUAUCCUCUCUGCCUUAAAAAAAAAAUAUAUAUAUAUAUACCUUUCUCUUUUCA